AUGGAUGACUCGACCGUGCAGGUAGAGCGGGCUCAGACGAAAAGGGCCCGUCGGCGUGAGAGAAGGAGCAAAAGAGUACGGGCGUUGGCGCUGCGCCGGAGCCGGCCAUCGAGCGCCCCGCCCCGCAGGGACGCGUGGCACGCUACCCCCGAGCGCACUAGAGGCAGCAAUGGGCGCAGCCGAGGACGUCCACCGGAUAGAGAGGAAGUGCCCGGGACGGUCCGCCGCCCCCCGCGGAGCAGGGCCGCGAGGCCUCCAGGAAGGGGCCGGCCCGCGGCAGCGGCGCGCGCCGAGGCGCGGGCGACGCCCGGCCGCCCCGCAGCAGGGCCGACCCCCAAGGAGACGGUUGCCGCCGAAGAGAACCACGCCGGCGUCGGCCCCCGCCGCGCAGACACACACCGGUGGGGACCACAGCGAGCCACGUCCAGACGCAGCGAAGGGAAAGAUCAGGUCAUGUGGGACUUCUAA